ACUUCUUCAGCCUCACCUGAGCCGCUCUGAGUACGAAUCCCGUUUCUGAAAAGACUCCCUAAAGACUGACCGAUCCGACAAAAAAGGGGCACAGAGCACAACCGUUUCUGACAUGCACUUUGAUAAAUCACCAAAAGAGAAGGCGUGUUGCACCCAGCCCACAGUAAAGAAACUUUUGGAACAGAAGAGGAGACGUGAGACGUCAGCUGUGCUUCCACCCUGCUCCACUGCCAGUACAAGUCCAAUUCCUCUGAACACAGUUGCCGAGCUGUCUUCAUCAGAACAAUUUACUCUCACAGCCGGACCAACAAGCAACCCAGACAUGGCAGUGAGCUUUCAGUCAUGGGUCCCUCCCCUUGAAUCUACCCACCCUUACUACAGCAGUGCUCCAGGACACAGCUAUGAUCCACCCUACCUUCCAAUACAGCCUGAAUACAGCACACAGCAGCCCGUCUCAAUAUUUGGAGACUCAAUAUCUCCAUCAUAUCCGGACUGCUCUGUGGUAGGAGAACCCAGCAUGGCUUCAUCUUGGCCCCUGUUAGGUCAGAGUCAGAACACGCAGCAUAUUUAUGGCUCAUCAAUGGAUUCUUUAAAGCUGGAUGAGGCCAGGAUGCUACUGAGUGGGAUGGACUACAGCAGGACCACUUGUCAGGAUGAAGAUGGUGACACGAUCCUGCACAUCUACACAGCCAAAGGACUCAGGGAGUAUGCUAUCGCUGCUGCAGAGAGGCUGAAGGAAGUAGGGAGACUGGAUGCCAAGGAACACAAAGGAAAGACUGCUCUACUGGUGGCGGUGACAGCCAACCAGCCGGAGAUUGUGCAGGAUCUUCUGUCAUUAGGAGCAGACAUAAACGCCUGCGACUUUAAAGGUCAAACUGCUCUUCAUUUGGCUGCACACUAUGGAUUCCCAGCAGUUCUACGGGCACUUCUGUCAGGUAGACCAAAUGUCAACCUAGAGGCCCGCAAUUUCGAAGGUAUGACUCCUCUACACUGUGCAGCCAUUUCUCACAGUGUCACCAUGAAAGCGUUUAUGGCCGCUCCGGCAGAUGUUGGUCUUCAGGCCAAAGGGGAUGAGAAGCUCUCGUGUGUCCAGAUGCUGAUCAUUGCAGGAGCGUCGCUUCUCAGCCAGGAAAUCAAAAGUAACAAGACCAUACUUCACUUGGCUGUGAAGGAGGGGAACAUUAAACUGGUGGACUACCUGCUCAGUUUUCGCCUGCCAAACAUGAAAGACUUUGUUAACAUGAAAGCUCACGGUCACACGGCUUUACACAUGGCGGCGGGGCUUCACAGCAACCCUAACCAGGAGAAGAUCCUGCAGCUUCUGCUGGACCGAGGGGCAGAUCCAAGCAUCCGGAACCUCGAGAACGACCAGCCGGCUCACCUGCUGCAGAGCGGCCCGCAAGGAGAAAGGCUCAAGUUCAUGUUAAAGAGACGAAGCAGUUCUCGUUCUGGCAGGACCAGGAAUAAUUUAGACCACAUGUAAUCCCAAUUCAGUGGGAUGAAGAGUCUUCAAGGUGACUCCUCUAUUGAAAAGGGGACAAACCUUUCAGUUUAUUUUGGGAGUCCGACCUAUAUUUCUAUUAGUGUUGCACCGAUACCGAUACCAGUAUCGGACGGGGCCCCGAUACUGCCCUAAAAUGGUGGUAUCGGUAUCGGCGAGUACCAACAAAUAGGGCACCGAUACCAUUUUGAGAGCCAUAGGUUUAUUCAACUAUUGUCACCCAUGCCUGGUAGGCAAUACAAAGUUCUACUUGAUUCACUUUGUAUUAGAGUUUUUCCUGCUUCACAAAGGUAGGCAGCAGCUUGACAAAGCCGUGAUGGCAAUUAUUUUACAUUAUUAUGGUAUCGGUAUUGGCCGAUACUGCACAGC